AUGUCUUCCUCUAUCGAGCCAUAUACAAUCUCUGUCCCAGACUCUCAGCUCCACGAUCUGAACGUUAGACUUGACCUCGCCAGAUUUCCAGACGAACUUGACGAAGCAGGGUGGGAUUUAGGCGUACCACUGAGUGAAAUUCGGCGAGUUUCGAGCUACUGGCGCGACACUUUCAACUGGCGGAAGGUCGAGCAAGAAUUGAACAAGCUACCUCACUUCAUAACUUCCAUCCAGGCCGAGGGAUAUGAAAAUCUGAAGAUUCAUUUCCUCCACAAGAAAUCCAACCGCAGAGGCGCUAUCCCCCUACUCUUCGUCCAUGGCUGGCCGGGAAACUUCCUUGAAGCCACUAAAAUCAUCAACGACUUAACCUCGGAUUUAGAGGAGUGUGUCUCCUUCGACGUCGUUGCCCCUUCUCUGCCGAACUUUGGCUUUUCCGAAGGCUCCAAGAAAAGGGGCUUUUCACAAGAACAAUAUGCCGAAACCCUGCACAAACUUAUGCUUCGUUUGGGCUACAACGAGUAUGUCACCCAAGGAGGCGACUGGGGCUGGUACGUCACGCGCACAAUCUCAAAACUAUACCCUCAGCAUUGCAAAGCUACCCAUUUCAAUAUGGACGUUGGUGCAGCGCCCGGAUUCUUGAAGAAUCCUCUUCUUGCCGUCGAGGCAGCACUGAAGCCACUCUCCGACCGCGAGAAGCAAGGCAUAUCCCGUAGUCAAUGGUUUGACAGAGAAGGAUAUGGCUACAAUCUUUUGCAGUCCACAAAGCCACAAACUUUGGGCUACGGCUUGGCUGAUAGUCCCGUCGCUCUCCUUGCAUGGAUCCUUGAGAAACUGCAUGACUGGACUGAUCAUUAUCCCUGGACAGACGAGGAAGUCUGCACGUGGCUUUCGAUAUAUUGGUUCAGUACCGCUGGUCCCACUGCGAGCUGCAGGAUAUACUACGAGAUUGGCCGUUCAGGGCCUUGGGGCAAGCGUUUUACAGGAGACCAGCUGCGGGAGUGGCUACCAGGCGUGAAGAUUGGGUACAGCCAUUUUCCACGCGACAUUCAUGUGCUGCCGAGGACAUGGACGAGGACUUUGGGAACGACCGUCUUCGAGAAAGAGCAUGCUUCAGGUGGGCAUUUUGCAGCAUGGGAACGUCCCAAAGAUAUUGUAGCCGAUGUGAGAGAGAUGUUUGGCAAGGGAGGUGGUGCGUAUGGGGUCGUGAAGGAGCGAGAUGGAUACGGACCAUAG